AUGGUUGACGGAAACUUUCUCAUUCCUUUGUCUCCACCAAGCUCGCCGCACAUGUCUGCGUACGGUGCAUCUGCUACAGACAACGAAUGGCAAUCCACAGGCGUCAGGACUCUAGCGAACACGCCGCCACAUUCAGACAACGACAUGGCCAUGCUUCAUGCCGAAGUCUCUGCACACAACUAUGAUAUGAAGAGACCAUCGAUGCGAUCACACAAGAGCUUUCCUUAUCUGCUCGACAGCAAGAACCAACUCAGCAACGGAACUUCGACACCAUCAGGUCUUGACGAGAUGGAGCAGCACGACGUUCCCAACGUGACAUUUGGUGGCUCGGCUCCCACCAGCCCAAUCUCUCGCCUCACUCCCCCCUCGACAAACGAUGGUGUCAGCGUAGUAAAGAGCGAGGAGCAGGACCACGACCAAGAAGACGAGCUCUUCCUCGACGACAAGGAUGACUGCGGCGACGACGACUGCAAGGACGAGGACAGGCCACCAAUGUCGGCCGCAGAGAUCCGCGCGGCGAAGCGAAAGAUGAAGAGGUUCAGGUUGACGCACAACCAAACUCGCUUCCUCAUGAGCGAGUUUGCUCGUCAAGCGCACCCCGAUGCCGCUCACCGUGAGCGGUUGGCUCGGGAAAUCCCCGGCCUCAGCCCCCGCCAAGUGCAAGUCUGGUUCCAGAACAGGCGAGCGAAGCUCAAGCGUCUCACAAGCGACGACCGUGAGCGCAUGAUGAGGUCUCGGGCGUUGCCGGAUGAUUUCGACAUGGCUUCGGCGAUGCAUGCACCCUUUGGGGGCUCGCACGGGGGGCUCGGCACACCUCUUGCAUCGCCUGCGCCCUAUACCCCAGGCUAUGCAGACGGCAACUUGAUGCGGCCGCUGAGCAUAGACACUUUCCGGCGAGGGCCGCUCGACUCCCACAUCUCACCCACGGGCAUCAGCCCUGCUUUCGGCGGAUUUUCCUUCACGCCGCCGCAAUCAGCGACAGAUGCCAUCUCGCCUGUAUCGGCCCACGAAGCGUCGCCCUUUGGGUUCCAUUCUGCGCCGCUUGACACUAGCCCCAGAACAUCCAACCCCUUCUCGAUGCCUGUGAGCUCAUCGCCGGCAUACGCUGCCAGCCACAGCAUACCUCGCCUCUCGCUGCAUGCCGAUCGCAUUUCCAGGAGUCGCGCAGAGUCGCUGCAGUCGCCGUUGCGGACUAGCAUGAGCUACACUAGUGUGAACGAUCACACCGGCACGGCCGAUAGCCACCAGGACGGCUCGCGUGCUUAUUCGAGCUCCAUGAUGCCGUAUGGCAUUGGAUACUCAUACUCCCCCGUACCAGGUUUUGGGUCCAACGGCAACAGACUCCGUUCCUUCUCCAACGGCGUUCCUCGCCGCAUCGAGCUCAGCAACUUUACGCCUCAGCGCAACAGCUCAACACCACAAACUGCCCACUUUCCGUCCUUCUCCGGCUCACCGCUCGUGACGUCGAGUUUCUCCAUGCCUCAAAUGAGUGCCCCCCACCACUUGUCAUCUUUUCCCAACUCGUAUCUGCCCAACGAUUCUGCGCAUAACGACUCGUAUUCUGCCGUCGGCACUACUCUCGGAGAAGUCAUGGAAAAUGCAAGCCAGCACAGCGAAGAGCACCCCAACAACCAAUUUUGA